CGGGGUGGGAGGCGGGUCUACAGCGCGGCCGCGGCAUCGGAGGAGCAGCACCGAACCAGCAGCUAGGGAUCUCCGAGCAAGCCGCCCAGAGCCCCUCAUCCCAUUCGGAAGAGGAAGGAACAAAAGGUCCCGGACCCCCGGCUCUGGUGGGGCGGGACCCGGAGCCUUGGUCCAGGUUAGAUAAAGGAGGAUAUUUUCUUAGUGUGAAUUGCUGCCUUUGGCAAGAACAUGUCGUCCAUCUUGCCAUUCACUCCACCAGUUGUGAAGAGACUGCUGGGAUGGAAGAAAUCAGCUGGUGGAUCUGGAGGAGCGGGUGGAGGAGAGCAGAAUGGACAGGAAGAAAAGUGGUGUGAGAAGGCAGUUAAAAGUUUGGUGAAGAAGCUAAAGAAAACAGGACGAUUAGAUGAGCUUGAGAAAGCCAUCACCACUCAAAAUUGUAAUACUAAAUGUGUCACCAUACCAAGCACUUGCUCUGAAAUUUGGGGACUGAGUACACCAAAUACGAUAGAUCAGUGGGAUACAACAGGCCUUUACAGCUUCUCUGAACAAACCAGGUCUCUUGAUGGUCGUCUUCAGGUAUCUCACCGGAAAGGGCUGCCGCACGUUAUAUAUUGCCGGUUAUGGCGCUGGCCAGAUCUUCACAGUCAUCAUGAACUCAAAGCAAUUGAAAACUGCGAAUAUGCUUUUAAUCUUAAGAAGGACGAAGUAUGUGUUAACCCUUACCACUACCAGAGAGUUGAGACACCAGUUCUGCCUCCUGUAUUAGUGCCACGGCACACUGAGAUCCUCACAGAACUGCCACCGCUGGAUGAUUAUACCCACUCCAUUCCGGAAAACACUAAUUUCCCAGCGGGGAUUGAGCCACAGAGUAAUUAUAUCCCAGAAACACCACCUCCUGGCUACAUCAGUGAAGAUGGAGAAACAAGUGAUCAACAGUUGAACCAAAGUAUGGAUACAGGAUCUCCAGCAGAGCUAUCUCCUACUACUCUUUCCCCUGUUAAUCAUAGUUUGGAUUUGCAGCCAGUCACUUACUCAGAACCUGCAUUUUGGUGUUCAAUAGCCUAUUAUGAAUUAAACCAGAGGGUUGGAGAGACCUUCCAUGCAUCACAACCCUCGCUCACUGUAGACGGCUUCACAGACCCAUCAAAUUCAGAGAGGUUCUGCUUAGGUUUACUCUCCAACGUCAACCGAAAUGCUACAGUUGAAAUGACAAGAAGACACAUAGGAAGAGGAGUGCGCUUAUAUUAUAUAGGUGGGGAAGUUUUUGCUGAGUGCCUAAGUGAUAGUGCAAUCUUCGUGCAGAGCCCCAACUGUAAUCAGAGAUACGGCUGGCACCCUGCAACAGUGUGUAAAAUUCCACCAGGCUGUAAUCUGAAGAUCUUCAACAACCAGGAAUUUGCUGCUCUUCUGGCUCAGUCUGUUAAUCAGGGUUUUGAAGCCGUGUAUCAGCUAACUAGAAUGUGCACCAUAAGAAUGAGUUUUGUGAAAGGGUGGGGAGCAGAAUACCGAAGGCAGACGGUAACGAGCACUCCUUGCUGGAUUGAGCUUCACCUGAAUGGACCUCUGCAGUGGUUGGACAAAGUACUAACUCAGAUGGGAUCCCCUUCAGUGCGUUGCUCAAGCAUGUCAUAAAGCUUCGUCACCAAUCAAGUCCCAUCAAAAGACUUAAUGUAACACUCUUCUGUCAUAGUGUUUGUGUGUGGUCCCCAUGGACUGUUUAUAUCCAAAAAUUCAAGCGAGAAAACAGCACUUGAGGUCUCAUCAAUUAAAGCACCUUGUGGAAUCAGUUUCCUAUAUUCAAAUAUUAGAUGGGAAAUUUAGUGUCUAGAAAUACCCUCCCAUAAAGGAGGAAGAGAAGAUUUUAAAGACUUACUAUUGUCUUCUUGGGCAUAAAAUUGAAUGUCCCGAAGGUUUAUUAAUAACAGUAGUAGUUACGUGUACAGGUAAUGUAUCAUGAUGCAGUAUCACAGUAUUGUGCUGUUUAUACCCAUUUUUAGUUUGCAUAAAUUAGGCGUGUGUGCUGCUUCUUGAUUUAGGCAAGCCUUUAUAAAGUUACAGUACCUGA